UACGACGGACGGUCUAAUGUAGCACCACUGGUCCCAUCUUGGUUUGAGAGAGACGGGAGAGGAAAGCAAACCGUCCAUAUUACAGCUGCUUUGUCAGCACUUUCCACGGUCAUGGACCCUCCUAGUGGGGGAGAUGAACGGCGGAGGCAGGCAGAGCGUCUUCGACGGGAGGAGGCGUACUAUCACUUCAUCAAUGAACUGAGUGAAGAGGAGUACCGCUUAAUGAGAGACAGCAACCUGCUAGGCACCCCUGGGGAGGUGACCGCCGAGGAGCUGCGGCAGCGUCUCGAUGGAGCAAAAGAGCGAGUUUCGUCCCAGCCCCGUACUGAGCAGCGCUCGCAGACUGCGGAUUCCGGAGAACAGCAGAGCGGCAGUGGUGAGGGAGAGGAUCGAGGUGCCGGAGGAAGACGAGGUGCAGGAGGCACAGAGCCUGGGGCUGAAACCUCUAAUGGUGACUCAUUGCUGGAGUGGUUGAACACUUUCAGACGUACUGGCAAUGCCACUCGCAGUGGACAGAGUGGCAACCAGACGUGGCGCGCCGUCAGUCGGACCAACCCCAACAGUGGAGAAUUCCGCUUUAGCCUGGAGAUCAACAUCAACCAUGAUCAGCCAGAGCCGGGGGAACAUAGUGACACCGCAGAGCUGCCAGUGACUGCCCCAAAUGCAGCUUCAUCCUCUUUACACAAUGCUUCCUCCUUCUCCCACCCCCGUCCUUCAGCCAUGUCAAGGCCCACCCCGUACCCUUCCCCUCGCCCAGCCCUCAGUAGAAGGAUGCAAACGCGGCGUACACGUAGCAGUGCUACCACUCUUUCAAUUAGCCCCCCUGCACUUCCUGCACCAGAGCCCUCUCCAGCUGCUGCUCAGAGGAGAGGAGCCACUUUGCACUCUUUAGCAUCACCUCCAACUGAUCCCAACCCUCCCCUUGAUCAAACGACACCCUCGCAGCCUCAGGCCCUCAAUGCAGAAGCUGAGCAGGGGCGUGGUGAUACAUCUGCUCCUGUAGACUGUCCCCGUGUGUCACCCCAGUCUCAGGCCCCAGCAGUGGGACAUGAAUCACGUGGCAGUAGGACUCGAUCGCGUGGUCGUGCACGCAGAGCUGCACCAGGGCCUGGGGCCUCACCCCGCUUGUCCAGGCGAAGCCGGUCCCCCUUACACAGAAUACCUGUUGUCAGUACCACUCCACCAUCCAGCAGUGGUGUCAGUGACCCUAGCAUCCACACUGUUGAGCCAGGCAGUGGCACAAGCUCUGUUUCCAUGGAGACAGGAGAGGCUGUAGCAGAUCCUGCAGCUCCUACAGAGCCAGCUGUAGAGACAGGAGAGCGCGAGAGCGAAUCGCAUGUAGUAGGGGCAGGAAAUUCAGCGGUGCGACGGCACCCAACCAUCAUGUUGGACCUGCAGGUGAGAAGGAUUCGACCCGGUGAAAACCGUGAUCGGGACAGCAUCGCCAGCCGAACACGGUCACGCGCGCGGGUCGCUGAGAAUACUGUCACAUUUGAAAGUGACAGUGGUGGUUUCAGACGGACCAUCUCCCGCUCUGAGCGAGCUGGCAUCCGCACCUAUGUGAGCACUAUCCGGAUUCCACUGAGGCGCAUCAGCGAGACAGGCCUGGGGGAACCCAACUCCACUGCACUGCGCUCCAUCCUGCGCCAGAUUAUGACUGGAUUUGGGGAGCUUAGCUCACUAAUGGAGACUGAGGCUGAUUCUGAAACGGUUGCACCUAGCCAUACAGAUGCUAGUGGCACAAAUGCUAACACCAGCCCAUCCAGUCGUCUGCAUGCAAGUGAGAGUGCAGUUGGCCAGGUUGGCAUGGGAGGGGUAGAUCAGGAGAGGGUUGGGCUUGUGGUGGGUGAAGAGGAUCAGGGUGGGCAGGCCAGACUCGGAGGAGGGGUGAUGAGCAACGCAGAAGGACGGGCCACCAGCAGAGACACCAACAACCUGGUAGAAAACGGUACCCUACCCAUCCUGCGGCUGGCACAUUUCUUCUUGCUCAACGAUGAAGAGGAUGACGAACACCCGAGGGGCCUGACUAAAGAGCAGAUUGACAAUCUAUCCACGCGCACUUACGGUCAGGCCAGCCUGGAGGGGGAGAUUGGCCGUGCGUGCAGUGUCUGCAUCAACGAGUAUGCCCAGGGCAACAAGCUGCGCCGCCUGCCCUGCUCUCACGAGUUCCACAUCCACUGCAUUGACCGCUGGCUCUCUGAAAACAACACCUGCCCCAUCUGCAGGCAGCCCAUACUGGCAGUGCAUCACGACUGAACGAUUUGCUCACAAACACACACCUGUCAUGUUCCUGGCUGGCCGAACUGAGCAGACCCAAGUUGGCUUUGCAUGUACAUAAGCGCUUUCAUGGUUUAAUUUCUUUGAAAAAAAUAUCCAUUGUAUUGAAGUUGAAGAAGGUUAAACCAAAAGUGCGGGGGAAAAAAGAAACUAUAAAUGCAGAGAAUUAACAAAACUUUAUUUUUUUAGACUCCUUGUUUUCAGCAACUUAUUGUUUUAAUUUUCUUCCUCCUGUGACCUGAUUUGCUGGUCUCUGUCACUGAGCUUCAGAGGCCCAUGUCCAUGGAUGGCAUUAAUGCUUAAGGAGCCCUGCAGCUGCUGCUGACUAGUCUCACUUUAUCUCCUCUAUGUCUGAUACAUGUGACGUCUCUUGUCCCAACUGGACUACACGGAUCACGUCUAGAUUUGAUUUAUUCGGUAGAAGCUGUAAAUAACUCACCAGUGCUUGUUUUUAAGGGUUUUGAAGCCAGAAGCUCCUCACAUGUCAUCUGUUGAGACUGGAAACGGGGAACCUUCAGUUUAUUUUUUAACAUUAACCAUUUUUAAAGCCUCAAUGUCCAUUUUAAAUUGUCCCUUUACAGUUGGUUAAGAGAUGUAUGAUUUAAUGUAACGUGUAUGAGCGGUGUAUUUAAUUUUGAAAUGUUUAAUUUUGAACAUCAGAUAUUAUUUGUUUAAGGUCUUUCCAUACACCAGUCCUAUAUAAUCCCAGUGCAGUUCAUCCAUCAAAAUAACCCACUCAAAUUAACCAAACUAAGAACAUUAACAUUACCCAUAGGAGCGGAACAAUUCAAAUGAAAUGCAAAAGGCAUGUGAUAAUCAGGAGUUCAGAGAUGUAAUGUAGUUUGAGUUGUGCAAUACAGAGAAAAGAGGCAGAUUUUAUUUUUAUUUUAAACUUUUUUAAUUUCAAUGCCUGGUUUUCAUCUCCACGUAAAAACAAAGUCUUGAAACCCCUGAAAUCAUGUUUCCCCUUGAUUCCUAUGGCUUAUCUGGAUCCAUACCUGACAAACACCCUGGGACCUGUGUCAUGAAGUACCUGUGAGUUGUGAUAAAAAAAAAACCUGGAACAUAGAUUGAGUUUUCCAGGUUUCCAGCAAAAUUCAGAAAUCUUUAAUGAGCCAUGUCCUGGAACAUUGUUGACGUCGGGAGCAUCUACUGCGUCCCCGCUGCCCAACUGUAUUUACUGCUAAUGAGUAUCCAUUCACCACACAUCUUCCAGUACCAUUACAAUUCAUGAAAAAGGCAGUGUGACUACUAUGAUAAACCUGUAUGCUCUUUAUGGUUUUUGUUUUCCAUGACAUCCACAGAUAGAUUGGCGUUUCUCGUGUAGCACAGGUGGAUUGUUUAGCUGAACCACUUCAUCGUCGCGUUCCCGACAGGGUCACGUUGUUCGUCAACAUUAACAGUACACAGGAGCUACUGUCACUAACAAAACUGCAGGACUGGUGCAGUAUAGUAUGUAAGACUGUGAGAGUGUGAUUAGUGUGUGUGGGUUAAGUGUAUGUGUGGGGGGUGCUGAAGGAAAAGGUCCGGUGUCCUAACAAACCUGGUUCUCAGAAGGUUUCUGUUCAGUGGAUGUCCACCUUGGAGGGUUGUGGCCACUCAGUGCAGAAGUAAAUAUUUAUUCUGUUCCUAUUUAAUAAAAUGGAAAAUCGAUUUUUUUUGAAAUAUCAAUAUGUAUUGUUAAGACCUGUGAGUAAAAUAAAACAGAACGUUACUAUGUAAUAAAAGUGAAGACAUGGGUUUUCUUCUCCGCAUUUUAACAAUGGAAUAAAACGCAGCUUUGUUAUGGCCGUA